AUGAACGCGACGGUAUCGAAGCAUUUUGUAGCUGAGAAGGUAAAAGCUCUCUGCGUUUUGCGCGACGCCAGCAAUGCUUCCGAAACUCUGCAAGAGAAUUGUGAUGUCCUUCCGUUGAUCGCUACAGGUGGCUGGGACACUGAGACCAAUCAUGUUUCCUUACAUCUUCCUGUACGCACCACACGGUCCGAGCGAGAGCUGUGCAGCGAGUUUAGUCGUGGAGAGGUUGAUACGCGUCCGUGCGAACUGAACACAUUGACAGAAGUGGUGCAUGUUGGCGAUGUAAACGCGCUGCAAUAUGUCGCGACGAGAGGGGAGAACCUACUGAUUAGUGCAUCGUCUGCUGGCGGCAUAUUUGCUUAUCGUGUGUCAUCGAAUGCUGAAGACUACACGGCCAUGUCGAAUGGGGACAUAAACAAACCGCUUGCUGCAUUUGUAGUCCCACAGUGGGAAAGUGUAUUUUCCGGUACUGCCGCUACUUGUCUGGACGUUAGCGAAUAUCAGACGAGUCUCGUGGCUGCUAGCGCCAAUGGAGCAUUGGCGUGGCUCAAGCUGGAUGAUGUUGCAACUGUCCAGUUAUUUGAAAAUCAAGGCAAAAGCAAGUUACCAAUCAAUGGUGUGAAGUUUUUAGGUCGGGAUUCUAUCGUUGCCUCUGUUGGCUCCUCGCCUGGAAGUCAAUUAUGUGUCUAUGAUUUUUCAUCGAGCAACAAGCGUCCCAUCACCACCUGUGGCGAUUACCCAAGUAAAAUUUUUACCACACUCGAAACGCACCCCACAAGACCUGAAGUACUAAUCACUGGCUCUGAUGAUGGAUCCGUGAAUUUCUGGGAUCGUCGGAGAACUGACAAGCCGUUUAGCUCUGAAACAUAUCAUCAAAAGGCGAUUCGGGCACUGAAGCUUCACUAUUCUUCUCCUCAAUAUCUGUGCACGGGUGGUGAUGAUGCCGUGUUAAACCGAUGGGCCUUAAAUCACAGUUACAAUUCCCGCGAAUUUCCAGAUUAUAAUGGUUCCGCAUCCACCCAGAAGUCGACUGUAUCUGGUGGCUAUCUCGAGGAACGGGGAGAGAGUCAAGUGCAGCGAAUCCACAUUGGAACUCAACCAUGGAAUGCCAUGGCGAUUCAUCCAGGGUCUGACACUCUUUUUGCAGGCUCUGAUGCGCAAUCCGUGGUGAUCGUGCAGCAGAUGUCGAAACGAAUACAGUAG